CUGAAAUCAAGGCUGCGUAGGUUAUAACCCAUCGACUGACCGCCGAAAAGACGCCAAGCCUCGUGGAGCAGGGAUCAUUGGCAGCUGGCUCGAACCACUCACCACCAUUAAAGCCAGCAUCAGGGAAGGGGGCAACUUUGCAAACGAACUGAGUGGACUCUCUUUCGGGUUCCUGUCGCCUCUAUUUUUCCGUCUCGUGGAGAUCCAUUCCAUCUUCUCUCCCCAAACCAUGCUGCACCGAUGACAUCCAUCCCGUCUCUCAGCCGCUCGCUGCUUUUUUUGAUCCCAAAGUUCCGGACUGUUUAUUCCCGUCGCAAAUCUUUAAACCCCCGUUCCGUUGAAAUCUGAGUGGCUUCAAUUCCAUUUCACCCCCUCGAUUAGCCUACUCUCACCAAACAACAACAAACUUGAAUCGAAACACUCACGUUCUCAUCAUCGCGCACAACGCGCGCAAACCUCCAUCCAUGAAGGUCAUCGUGACGGGUGCCACCGGCUUGGUGGGCAGGGAGAUUGUUCAGCAGUGUCUCGCCGACCCUCGCAUCAACAAGGUCGUCAUCCUCACUCGGAGGGCCGUGUCCAUGGACAUUGAGAGCCACCCCAAGGCCGACGUUGUCAUGCUUCAGGACUUUUCGCGUUACUCGGAUGAUCUUUUGAGCCGCCUCGAGGGCUCUUCUGCCUGUCUAUGGGCCAUUGGAGGUCGUCCAGAUCAGCUCAACAACGACAAGGCAUCUCUUCACCACGUCAACGUCGAGCUACCUCUCGCCACCGCCAAGGCCAUGAGUGAGCGCAUCGCCGCCAAGCUACCCCCAGGGCAAAAGUUCAGCUUUGUAUUCUGCAGCAACAAGAGCGUCGAUCGGCACUCUUCAAAGCCGCUGCUCUUCCUAGGAGACCCGCGGAAACCACGGACUGAGGCGGAAAAGGCCCUCUGCGAGGUGGCCGACUCUCACCCGGAUGUGUUUAACACCUGGAUCCUGCGGCCGGCUGCCAUCACCACGGGCGAUGCUGCUCCGAAGAAGCGGAGGCUUGUUGGAAGCCGGUCCAGUAAUGGUGUUGAAGUGCCACAGAUGGCAAAGGCCUAUGUCAAGGUGGCCUGCGAGGGCUGGAAGGACCGCAUCGUCGAUAAUGAUGCCCUGCUCAAGAUGUAAAAAGAAAGGUUAGCUUCUUCCCUGUACCCAUGUAACUUAGUCUACUACUGUACCGUCCCUGUUUUUGUACAAUGAGCGUUGGAGUCUAUUGUUUGGGGGGCUUCUUUUAAUGUGGACUCGUUCGAGGAUGGAUCCUUGUACAGAUCCAAGAGAGACGAGUUUUCUUUUGUGGGAAGAGUCGAGGGUUCUUGUAUUAUCACGGCCGCUUUGAUGAUUACCCAAGUUUUUUUAUUACAAGAGCUUCUUUAUUG